CAGUUGAGAAAACCCUAAAUUUCUGAAGUUGGCGGCAACAUGCAGCUCUUGGACGGCGGCAGCGAUUCAGAAAGCGAAGAGAGGAAAGCUCCGGGUCUCAAAAUCAAUAAGGAAUACGCUCGCCGCUACGAGCACAACAAGAAUCGGGAGGACCUCCACCGCUAUGAGGAUCUCAAGAAGCGCGGCCUCGUCCACGACCACUCGGAAGACUCCUCCUCCGAGGAGGAGGAGGACGACGACCUCCUCCUUGCUGCCAAUUCCAAGAAGAAAGACUUGGAAUUCCUCGAUGCUAUCAUCAAGGUAAAAAAUCGAGACCCUAUCUUGCAAAACAAAGAGGUCCAGUUGUUUAAAUCUGGUGAAACUGAUACUGAAGAUGAGGAUAAUAGUAAAACUAACAAGAGAAAGAGUGGCAGUGAAACUCAAGAUAGUAAAACUAAGAAGAAUAAGAAGAAGAAGAAGGUUCACUUGAAAGAUGUGGUGGCUAAUCAUCUAUUAGAAGACGGCCCUGAGCUCCCCGAGGAUGAUGGUGGUAGGAGCUUCCUGAGGAGCUAUGAUGAAGAUCAGGAGCAGAUUAGGAGAGAAUUUUUGGAAGCAGCUGCCAAGGAGGAAGAGGAGGAUGAGGAUGACCUUUUGAGAAUCAAAGAUAAGAGUAAUGCCGUGGGGGAUGAACCUGAUGAGGAGUUGGAUGAGAAAUUGGAUGAAUAUUUUGGUCCAGACUUGGAUGACAAUGCUAGGUUUCUCAGGGACUACAUUAGGAAUCAGAUGUGGUUGGACAAGGGCAAUCAGGGAAAAGGUGCCGCUGAGGUGAGGGAGGAGGAUUUGGAGAUGGUGUCCGAGGACGAGAUGGAGAUUGAGAAGCAGGAGGAGUACGAGUAUAGGUUCCAGGAGAAUGCAGGGGAUCAGGUUUUGGGGCAUGCCAGGGAGGUCGAGGGCUCUGUGAGGAAGAAGGUCAAGGCAAGGAAGGAGCAGAGGAAGAGCAAGGAGGAGAGGAUGGAGAUUGCAAGGCUGGAGAGGGAGGAGGAGUUGAGGCAUAUGAAGAAUUUGAAGAAGAAGGAGAAUGAUGAAAGGAUAAAGAAGAUUAUGAAGAUUGCUGGGAUCAAAGAGGGCGAGGAGUCCUUGUUUGAUCCCAAGGAGCUGGAGGGCGAAUUUGAUCCCCAGGAGUAUGACAGCAUGAUGAAGAAAGCUUUUAAUGACCAGUAUUAUGAUAAUGAUGACACAGACUUCUGCAGCGAUUUGGAUGACGAUGGUAGUGAGAUUGAGAAACCGGAUUUUGAUAGGGAGGAUGAGCUACUUGGACUUCCAAAAGGUUGGGAUGGUGCUGGGUCUGGUGAUGGUUUCUUAGCUGCAAGGGAGAAGGUUUUAAAGCUAAAAGAGGAUACUGGUGGUGAUAACGAAGAAGAGGAAGUAGACCAGGAGGAUGAGAAAGAAGAAGAUGAAGAUGAAGAUGAAGAAGGAGAAGGAGAAGAAGAGAAACUGAGCGAGGAAGGUAAACAAGAGUUAAAGCGUAAAGUAGCUAUUUUGGAGAGAGCUAAGAAGGAGAUGUUGGAUGAAUAUUAUAAAUUAGACUAUGAGGAUACAAUUGGCGACUUGAAGACUCGAUUUAGGUAUGCUAAAACAAAACCUAAUAGAUUUGGGUUGACUACUGCUGAGAUUAUAACAUUGGAUGAGAAGGACUUGAAUCAAUAUGUAUCUUUGAAAAAGCUUGCUCCAUAUGCUGAGAAGGAAUGGAAGGCACCUAACAGUAAGAGAAAAGAGAUAAAGGAGAAGGCCAGCAAGAUUUUCAGACAUGGAGAUAUGGAUCAUAAAAAACCUGCUAAGAAGUUGAGAAUUAAGUAUGAUACGAAGGAUUCGAGUUCAUCAACACCAGCUGAGGAACAUGGGAAGGAUCAAGUACAGGACUCAAAUGUUGAUACGCCCAAAUUAUCCAGGUCUGCUAGAAGAAGACUGAUUAAGAAGUCUGCAGCGCUACGCCCAUCCAGGCUCAGUGCAUAUGGAAUAAUGCCUCCGAAAUCUAAGAACAAAGGAAAGCAGUGACCUGAGCAGUAUCCAGGUUUGAUAUUUUCAUACAUGGAGUGGGAUAUGAGAAGUACAAUUUUGCGAACGUGGGAAGCGUCAUGCGGCUUUUCUUCAACUGCCCACAAAACAAAGGCAAACAUGGUAGGAUUUGGGGAGAGAGGAAGAGGAACCAGAUGACCCCUUAAAUCUUUACCUGUUUUUUUUUUUUCAUCUUUAGAUAAAAAUUUGCUCUCUGUAGAAAGUAUGAACAUCAUGUGUUGUGGCCUUGGAUGAAGAAAUCUGAUUAAUGUCAACAAUGUGACAGGAGAGAUUUCAUGUUUUUGGGUUUGUUAGAACAUCCACAUCAACAAUUUGUUAGACUGUUUGAUUGUUACUUAAAAUUGGUUUUCGAAUAAAGCUCUGCAGUUUUCCGUAGCAAAACUCACAAAUUUGUGCGUUACAAAAUGGGAAGCCAAAUUUCAGUACCAAAAUUUGGUUGGAAAUAAUGAUAAAUAGACAAUGAUUACCAGGCUGGACAUGAACGUCUACGAUGGAGGCCAAAAACAGAAAUGUAAGAAAAAAGAAAAAGAAAAAGAAAGACCGGGUUUCAUUUUAUCUCUCUCACUCCCUAAAACCUUAAAACAGACGAAAACCAAUCAGCGCCACCAAAAAAUGGGACUGGGAUCGGGGCUUCUUCCUCUGCUUCUCCUAGCUGUGAUCGGCGCCGUGUCCGGAGCAGUAUCCGGCAAAGGAAGUGGCGUCGUCGGAAGCAUCUACGAUCACCUGAAGGCGUAUGGGUUACCCAUCGGCAUCUUCCCGAAAGGAAUCACGAAAUAUUCGCUGGACGACACCAGCGGGGAAUUCCGUGUAUUUCUGGCGCAGCCUUGUCACGCCAAGUUCGAGAAUCAGGUCCGCUACGAUUUCAACGUCUCCGGCACUCUCUCUUUCGGUCAAAUCGCCGAUUUAUCCGGAGUCUCCGCUCAGGAACUCUUCCUCUGGUUUCCGGUCAAAGGUAUCCGGGUGGAUGUCCCCAGCUCCGGCCUCAUUUACUUCGAUGUCGGCGUUGUCGAUAAGCAGUUCUCUCUGUCCCUCUUCGAGUCUCCCCCUGAUUGUACUGCUCUUGAUCCUUCCAAUUCCGCAUCUGCCCCUUCUUCCUCCUCUUCUGACCUCAUGAAUGAACCACAAGAUGCUGGUAAAAGAAGUGAACUGAGAGCAGCUUCAUAGACUGCACAGGAGGGGAGUGAUACAGUCGAGUAUUCUGAAUCAAGUCAAGCUGAGGGGUUUUAGUUUAUUUUAUGUUUUCUCCUUUAGCCUGAAGUGGAUGACAUAAAUUCUAUUUCGCCUCUGAAUGUGUGCUUGCUUGCUGUUCUGUACUGGCAUGUUGGCUUGAUGGUUAUCUGUGCGGGAAAAAUUAGAACAAUUUUGGUAAGGAGAAGAGAAACAUAAUGAAGAGAGUCGCAUUGAAGAUUGGGUCGGUUGGUCUAUAGAUAGUAAUAUUAAUAGAGUCAAGAACCAGACAAGACCGUUGGGUCAGGUUGGUUCUGGUUCACAAGUUUGCUCGAAAUUUAUGUCAAUUGUUAUCAUAUAUAAGUUUACUUGUUAGUAUGGAAACAAUGAAUGAUGUUGUGGUUGUUCAUUGUGUAUUGAGUUUGAUUCCAUCUUUUGUAAAUGUUGAAGAAACUGAUUUCCUUUC